GAGACAUACUAUUUAGUAUAUCUGCAUUCUUUGACGUAUGUGUAUCAGAAAAUGAAUGAAGUCAUGCUGCCGUAUUCGGUUAAGUUUGCACUCUUCUUUCUUUUGCUUCCUCCGCCCUCACGCAUAUAUACCAGUACAGAUAUGGCCGCGAAAAGGAAGUCAGCUGCGAAACGUCGACAAGACGCCUCGUCGUCUUCCAACACACACGAAAACCCUUCGUCCUCAGCCAUGAGCAGACACAGCAGUGCUACCCGAGAACAGCAACAAACCGGGAAUGAAAACAACGAUGAUCAAGGCCCUGUACUCCUGGCAGCUGAAAAGGUUGGCAAGAAAUGGCGAAAUAUGGCCAUUCGAACGUUCACAACGCUCCUUAUGAUUGGUGCUUUCCUGUUUGUGCUGGCAUCGGGUUACAUUUGGUCCAUUGCUGCCGUCCUGGUUAUUACGACGGCUGUGUAUCGCGAAGUGAUUCAGAUCGCUCAAGUUCCUGCCAAAGAAAAGAGUGUCCGCUGGUUCAAGACAAUGAGUUGGUACUUUUUGAUCACAACCGAAUACUUUCUAUAUGGCGAAUCCAUCAUCUAUUACUUUACAGAGAUUGUGAUGGUGGAUAAGUUUCUGUUACCAUUUGCCACCCAUCAUCGUUUUAUCAGCUUCAUGCUUUAUGUAUUGGGCUUCGUCUUCUUCGUCGCCAAUCUUAAAAAAGGACAAUACCGGUUCCAAAUGGCCCAAUUCUGCUACACACACAUGGCACUAUUACUGAUCGUUGUUCAAAGUCAUUUCAUUGUGGAAAAUAUUUUGGAAGGUUUGAUUUGGUUUGUCAUGCCAGCGGCACUUGUCGUGUGUAAUGAUACCUUUGCGUACAUUUGUGGUUUCUUUUGGGGCCGUACACCUUUGAUCCAGCUGAGCCCAAAGAAAACGGUGGAGGGAUUUGUUGGUGGUUUUAUUUGGACUCUUUUGCUCGGUUUCGGGCUAACUACGAUUCUUAUGCGCUUCGACUAUUUGGUUUGCCCGGUUCAAGACCUUGGUGCAUCGGCAUGGUCGAACGUCUCGUGUGAUCCCAAGAACCCUGUGUUCACCGCUGUUCCUUGGCAACUCCCUUCAAAUAUUGUCUAUAUCAUCAAGUAUCUUUUCCGCCAAGAUGUUAGUCAAGUAUGGAUCGCACCCGUUCAACUUCAUGCAAUUGUGAUGGCAUGCUUUGCAUCGCUUAUUGCUCCAUUUGGUGGUUUCUUUGCUAGUGCAGUAAAGCGUGCAUUCAAGAUCAAGGACUUUGGCCACAGCAUUCCUGGCCACGGUGGUCUUACAGAUCGUAUGGAUUGCCAAUUUUUGAUGGGGUUCUUUUCACACAUGUAUCACCAGAGUUUCAUCAAAACCUACAGUGUCUCAGUCGGCUCUAUACUCGCAUUGACAAUCAAUAAUCUGACUCCACGCGAACAAAUCGAGUUAUUGGAACGGUUACAGACUUAUCUGUCAAACCAGGACAUCAUCAAUUCCGCCUUGUUGGCGUCAAGUAACAUGAAUAACGUCAUCCAAGAUGCGCGGGAAGGCCUUCUCAAUUCCUAUUAAAUGCAUGCCAAAUCACGCCUACCUUCCUUCUCUUUCUCUAACACCUAUUCCAUUUCGAUCUUUGCUGUAUAGAAAAAACCUGACAUGAUCAUUUGACAUUAACCGCUUGCGAGAUGCUAUUACUAGCGUCUCGUAAGGAUGUUGUAUAGCAUUUAUUCUUCUUUUUUUUCACAAACCUCUAAUGUCAUACUUUACU